CAUACAAAAGCAAGAGAAAAUACUAAGGAAGAGAGAUCUACAAAAAAUUUCUACCAAUUUCCACCAUGAGAAGGGUUCCGAUUUUCAUCUCUUCAACACUACGCCAAGCUAUUCUCCCUGCUCACGAAGGUUAUGCAGUUACUUGCUCCCAAUAUAGGUUCCUUCAGUCUGCAGAGUAUAGCUCUGCCCGCGCCGCCGGUUCCUCUACUGGUCCCCGUUGGUUUUCCACUUUUUUCAAUUCAACAUUCAGUGCUUCCGCUCGCGUUGCGUCUCUCGGCAUCGCCUGUGCUGUUGUUACAACCGUCGGAUCUGUUUCGCUGUUUCAGGAGGUUCUCGCGAAAGAGACUCUUUCACCUGAGUUUGCUCCCAAGGACGUUGUUCUUUAUCAAUAUGAAGCUUGCCCUUUUUGUAACAAAGUUAAAGCCUUUUUGGACUAUUAUGACAUACCAUACAAAGUAGUGGAGGUCAACCCAAUUAGUAAGAAAGAAAUUAAAUGGUCUGAAUACAAGAAGGUGCCAAUAUUGGUGGUGGAUGGCCAGACGCUGGUUGAUUCCUCAGAUAUCAUCGAUAAGUUAUCUGACAGAAUCCAUCCCAAAAAAACAGCUGGUUCCAUACCUGAGGAUGACGAAGAGAUAAAAUGGCGAAGGUGGGUGGAUAAUCAUCUGGUGCAUGUUCUUUCACCAAAUAUAUAUCGCAAUACAUCUGAGGCUUUAGAAUCUUUUGAUUAUAUCACUAGCAAUGGUAAUUUCAGUUUCACUGAGAAACUUACAGUAAAGUAUGCUGGAGCUGCAGCCAUGUACUUUGUAUCCAAGAAACUGAAGAAAAAAUACAACAUUACUGAUGAGCGUGCUGCCUUGUAUGAAGCUGCAGAAACUUGGGUUGAUGCUUUGGAUGGCCGAGACUUUCUUGGAGGUUCAAAGCCUAAUAUAGCGGAUUUAGCUGUAUACGGAGUUUUGCGGCCCAUUCGUUAUUUGAGGUCAGGUAAGGACAUGGUGACACACACGCGUAUUGGCGACUGGUAUACGAGAAUGGAGAAAGCAGUUGGAGAGUCGAACAGGAUAUAAAGAAGGCUUGAAUUGACAAAUAAACAAGCAAUUUUUUUGAGGAAUUUUUUCUAUGCAUACAUACCCCUUGUGAUUUUGGGUAUGGUUGCACCAAUAUUUGUUCAAUAUAUAUCUUAUUAAUAAAAAGUCUGCUGCUGGCUAUAAAGCUGUUGCUAUAUACAUAUUUUAGAUUAAUCAUUAUUGAAUAUUUGGAGCUAUUUAGACUCUAUUUUAGACAUGGGUUAAAUACCAUAUUUACAAUUUUUUUAC